AUGUUGCGUAAUUUAAUUAUCUCGGCUACUCGGACCAAUUUCCAGCUAACAUUAGUAAGGCAUAAAAAGAAGAAAUUCCCAAAGAUUGACAAAAAAAUACAAGCAGCUGCUGAAUCUCUUGCAUCUAGAGGGUUUCUUCGACCCAACAAACCUUGGGACCCACCAGUUGAUAUUGAAAAUGUAGUUCAUAAAAUCUGUUCUAAUUAUGGUCUCCAUGCUAAAUCAGAAUUUGAUUCCCUUGAAAUCAAAUACAAAGUUCUGAAGUCCUGCUUUGAAGAAACUGGUCAUGGUGUACCAAACUCUUUGCUACACACUAUUGAAACAGUAGAUGAUUUGCAAGAGUUUUAUGAAACACCUGUCAAUGUCUUAACACCAUUUGAUGCUCUCAAAAAGAUGGACCUGCCUAAAAAUCUCCAUGUACAAGAAGACUAUGUUAGAUUUCAUCCAGACAAAGAUACAUUAUUCAAUGGUGCAACAGCUUUUCCAAAAAGUUCAACUAUAGUUUCUGGUUUAAAAACACGGAAGAAAUAUGAAGGAUACACUGCAAAGAGAUCAUGGCCUUGA